GUCGCUGACAUGUGGACUGUCACCUCGCCCUGCUUUCCUUUGUUCUCUGUGGGUUGAGUUGUUUCCCUGAUCAGUUCCAAUCAGGAAAUAAUGGGUGACUAUUCGGUUUUGUAACAAGACUUUGAAGCCUGAGAAAACAGACUACAUUUAUGUGAAGCAUUUGUUUCUGGAGAUGAAAAUAGCAGAGCCUAGAGGAUUGAUGAAAAAAUUCAUUGUUGUACUAUAUGGAAAACUCAGGCUGUGUUCAUGGUAUUUGACUGAACUAUUUUCAAUGUCGAAAAGUGAAAUGCCUCAGCGGGGGAGCAUUCAGGAUAUCAAUCAUCGGGUGUGGGUUCUUCAGGACCAGAUCCUUAUAGCAGUCCCGAGGAAGGACCGUGUGUCUCCAGUCACUAUUGCCUUAAUCUCAUGCCGACAUGUGGAGACCCUUGAGAAAGACAGAGGGAACCCCAUCUACCUGGGACUGAAUGGGCUCAAUCUCUGCUUGAUGUGUGCUAAGGCUGGGGACCAGCCCACACUGCAGCUGAAGGAAAAGGAUAUAAUGGAUUUGUACAACCAACCCGAGCCUGUAAAGUCCUUUCUCUUCUACCACAGCCAGAGUGGCAGGAGCUCCACCUUCGAGUCUGUGGCCUUCCCUGGCUGGUUCAUCGCUGUCAGCUCUGAAGGAGGCUGUCCUCUCAUCCUUACCCAAGAACUGGGGAAAGCCAACACUACUGACUUUGGGUUAACUAUGCUGUUUUAAGAUACAUUCCUCUGUGAUGGAGUAUCAAGACCUUUUGGAUUUUGACAAGGAGAAGCAGAUAUGAAUGUUCCAUCAGAAAGAGGAGAC